AUGGAACAGUUGCAGAACAAAACCGGCAAGGAAGACGAAGCAAAAGAAAGCAAGUACAGAGGAGUACGAAGGCGGCCGUGGGGGAAGUUCGCGGCAGAGAUUCGAGAUUCGAACAGGCACGGAGCUCGAUUGUGGCUGGGCACUUUCAACACGGCAGAAGAAGCGGCGAGAGCCUAUGAUCGUGCUGCUUUCGGCAUGAGAGGGCCUUCGGCCAUUCUCAACUUCCCAGAAGAAUAUGGUUUGAGCGGUGCGGGGAGUGCCUGUUCCAGUAGUAGCCACCUGCAUCGCUCUUCAUCGUCGUCUGCUUCGUCGUCGUCUUCAAUGGCGGACGCUCAGGGUGGAAGACAGGUGUUCGAAUUCGAGUGUUUGGAUGAUAAAUUGCUAGAGGACCUUCUUGAUUAUUCGACCAAGAACGAAGAGUAA